GCCCGCGACUAGUACGGGCAGAUCUUAAUCGUCUUUAAGAAGGAACGGAAGUUUGCCUUUCCCUUUCCAUGCUCUCAUCAUCAUCCAUGGUGUGUAGAGGGUCUCAAAACCCCUCGCCCCAAUUUCUCCCUCUCUCUCCAGUCUAAUCGUUUUUCCUUCUUUCCAAUUUUACUCUCUGAUUUUCCCGCUCGCUCAAUCAUGAUCUCCCGCCAUUUCCAUUCCUCCUUCCUCGCCGGCGAUUAGCCCGGUACCGAGUCUAGGUUAUCUUUCCGUUUAUGGCACCGGCCGUCCUAGCCAGCAGAAAUGAACCGCAUUGGAGGGACAGUGAGGCGUACAUGAGGAGAUACACCUCUGUCACCGCUGCCACCAACGCAAAUAAGAGCCGCAACGGCGCCAGUCACAGCCAUGGCGAUUUACUCCCCGGGCGUGACCCGAACCCGAGCCCGAGCCCGAUUCAGCUUCCUAGUUCCUUACAGAGUUCAAGCCAGAUCCGCAAUCCGUCAGGUGAUCACCGCGUCGGCAGAAUGCUACCUCCUUCCCGGCCGAAGUGGACGAUGGCUCCCGGCGACGAAGUGAAGGAGUCGUACCGCGGCGGUUACGUGACGUUCAAUCUCGAUGCGCACUCCGGGCUGGAAUUGAAAGAGUUGAGGAAGCGCCUUCAAUCGGAGCUCGAACAGGUCCGAACCGUGAGAACGAGGUUAGACCGACUGCACUCUGAAUCUCGACCCGUUUACCCGAGUUUCCAGUUCUCCAAUGCACAUACGCAGCACCCACUGGCAUUGCCUGCGCCCGGUUUUCCGAGCAGGAUUGCAAGCGGGACGAAGGCCAACCAACAGAAUCGCGCCAUCAAAGGGCCAAAAUCGAAGAAGAUUUUUCCAAUUUUGGUUCCGGGUCAGGGUUCAAAACCUAGCUCCCCGUCGACCCAUGAGUUGGAACCCUAUUCGCUACAGGAUAAGGUACUGGUGAGCAUGAUGAGAAGGUGCGGGCAAAUCCUGGGUAAGGUAAUGAAGCACAGAUCUGCGGUGUGGUUCAACCAUCCGGUCGAUGUUGUGGGAAUGCGGUUGUUCGAUUAUAGCAAGGUAAUCAAGAGGCCGAUGGAUCUGGGAACUGUGAAAUCCAAUCUCGAUGAUGGGGUUUACAAGGCACCCUUCGAUUUCGCAAGCGAUGUGAGGCUUACUUUCUCAAACGCAAUGACUUACAACCCUAUCGGGCACGAAGUGCAUGGAUUCGCCAAGCAGUUGCUGAAGUUUUUCGACGAUAUGUUUGAGCCUUCAUAUAAGAGGUUCGAGGCUGAGCAGCGUAAAGUUUCACGGCAGAGUCAUGAUAUGGGUCAAUUUCAACCCGCAUUGUUGGAUAGAGCGGUGGUGUCUCAUCAGCCAGUCAUCGAGGCCAUGGAUACAGACGUUGAGGAGGUUGCCAGGGGCGUGAUAGAGCAGCAGCAGCAGCAGCAAUUGCAUAUCGGCAAGGCUGCUGUGAUGCAGCAGCAGCAGUUGAGAGGUGGGAAGCUGCCGAAACCAAAGGCCAAAGAUGCAAACAAGAGAGCAAUGAGCGCACAAGAAAAGGAAAAGUUGGGGAAGGAGUUACAAGAGUUACCCCCUGAGAAGAUGGAUCAGGUAGUGCAGAUUGUGAGGAAGCGGAAUGGGGAAUUGGAACAAGAGGACAAUGAAAUUGUGCUUGAUUUUGAUGCCAUGGAUGUGGAGACGCUGUGGGAACUUGAUAGGCUGGUGACCAACUACAGGAAAUGCCUUAACAAGAUGAAGAGGCAGGAGCAGUUGCAGCUUCAGAACCAACUUGAAGAAAACAAAUUCAUCACCCAGGGUCCUGAAACAAGUCCUGAAAUGGCGAGGAACAAGAUUGUGGAGGAGGAAGUGGACAUUGGAGAGGAGAGUCCAGUUGGGAAUUAUCCGCCGGUGGAGAUAGAGAAGGAUUUGAUUGGAUGCGGGAGUGGGAGUGGGAGUGGCAAGUCAAGCAGCUCUGGUGGUUCAAGGAGUAGCAGCCGCAGCGGUUCUUCCUCAUCAAGUGGUUUGUUCCUCUUCUACUCCACAGAAUGUGUUUUUGAUGUUGAUGAUUCAGGAUCGGAGAGCGCAUCUGGGAGCGAGUCUGACGAAGAUAGCGUGCAGUCACCAUGCGUGAAAGCAAACGAUGCCGGAAAUGAGCUGAGAGCAGCAGGACUUUGUUAAGGCUGGUCUGCUUCAGUUUCUGUUAUUGGCAGGAGUAUGGUUGUGAGAAAGUAGGCGUCUUGGCCAUGGGGAAGGGCUCUGAAAUUGUAAAGAGGGUAUGUUGACUUACUCAAAAUGGUAGGCACUAGAGGGAUUUUGUAGUUAGCGAGGGACGAGUUUUGUCGAGUGAAGCAGAAGAAAGAGUUGCUUAGGGUUUUAGUAUAGCUAACGAGAGGAGUAGCUGAGUAGUCUUUUGUGCAGUUCCUGAUUGCUAUAGCGAGCGAGCGAUCAGGCAGUAAAAAAUGCUUUUGGGGGUUGUGUUAGUCUUUAGUUGGAGGUGUGGGGAAGUUUUGUUGCUUCAAAAUUUUCUGACUGGUUAAAAAACUGGAGGAAAAGAAGGAAGCAGAGUAGCCACAUGUUUUAUCAGAAUGGUGGCCGGUGGGAGAGUAAAGACCAAAGAGUAAGGAAAAACAAACAAUAGAUGGUGAUGUACAGCUAUCAGAGAGAUGAAUGAAAAUGCAGUAAAAAAAAGUAGGGAAAAGUUAAAAAAGCUUUACCUUAAAACUUGUGCAUCAUGUGACAUUGUGUGGUACUGUGGUUGCUUUCCCCAUGUUCGAUUUCUGUUGAUUUAUUUGUGCUUGUACC